AUGAGCGAAAUAUGCAACUCCGCUCGUGACGAAGACUCCCAACCAGCUUUUCUUACCAACGAAAGCGAUGAGGAUUGUGAGGCAAUCCCGGGAAACUUUUGCUCCACGUCUGAAAUUCUGAAAUGUUCCGGAUGCAGGGAGCCGAUUCUCGACCGCUUCGUUUUGCGUGUUCUGGAGAAACCCUGGCACUCAAAAUGCCUCAAAUGUGCUGUAUGUAAAAGGUCGCUGGAUUGCAAGUGCUUUUCGAAGGGCGAUAAAGUUUACUGUAAGGAGGACUUCUUCAGACUUUUCGGAACAAAAUGUGCUAGUUGUGGAAAUGGAAUAGCCCCCACAGAAGUAGUCCGGCGGGCGCAAGAAAACGUUUAUCACACAGAGUGCUUCGUCUGCAGGCUGUGCGGUCAGAGUCUCGAUACUGGGGACGAGUUUUAUCUCAUGGUUGAUAAUAAACUUGUGUGUAAAGAGGAUUACGAUGAAGCAAGGGAACAAGAUGAUGACCAGGCCAAUAAAAGACCUCGGACGUCAAUUACAGCUAAACAACUAGAGACAUUGAAAGUAGCUUAUAACAUCUCCUCCAAGCCGGCCAGGCAUGUCAGGGAGAAGUUAAGCAAGGAGACCGGACUCGACAUGAGGGUCGUGCAGGUUUGGUUCCAAAAUCGUCGUGCGAAAGAAAAACGUUUGAAGAGAGAUGCCGGGCGACACGGUUGGGGGAGCUUGUACGAGGGCAUAAGACCUAACGCCGCCAGGAGCGGAGACUGCAUGCAGACUGUCGGCGCCGCCAGUGGGAUGCGGAUUGAAUUCCAAAGACCAUCUCGUGAGGACAAUACGAUGAAUCACGACAUCUCCGGCUUGAGCGCGUCUUCGCCGGAAGGACGUUUUUCCAAAAAUCAAGAAAUGGACUUUCGGUGCUUGCCAAGAACUUCCUCCGAGUGGACCUACACCUGCGAACCUAACUCUCGUAUCCCCGUUUCCCAACACGUGCCGCCAUAUCAGGUCCGUGGGCCACACCCAAGGCACGAUCCCGGACCAGGUAGUAGUUUAAAGGAUUCGUCACCAGGGGGCAGGUCGGACACGAGCACAGGAAGCAGUCACAGUGGCGGUGUUGAGUUCCCCUCGAGCCCUGGGUCAUGGUUUGAAGAAGUCACGAGUCCGGAAGGAAGUGUGGAUAUCAUAGGUGCUAAUACAAGUGAUUCGGGAGGUUUGUUUUGA